ACAUCCUAGAGAUGUAUGUUUCAUUUAAAUUUUGAUUUUGAUUUUCUUUUUUCAGGGUUAGAUACCCUUGCUCUUACAAAACGGAAUGAGUCAAAACUCGAUGGGCCUUUCAAGGUUCCCAGAGAGAGAAUUACUUCUGUUGCAGCAUCUCUUGAUGAAGAGGAGAAGUCAACUGUGACUGAUAUUGAUGAAGAUGAGGUUGUGGUACAUAAAAGUGACAAACGACGUCCCAACUGGAGAUUCCGUGAGGCUUCUUUGAGUGAGGCUUCUCAAUCAGAAAUUACUGUAGCUCAAGAUGGUGAUGGCCAUGACAGGUGUGACAAGCAUCACUCGAAAGGUGUCCGGUCUGAAGUCUUUUUGAUACACGACAGGGAUGACUCUGAAGAAAACUCUAGAAGUGAAAGGAAUAGAGGGACUCCUAGACGUCACGCUGAUAGCAAAGGCUGGAGUCGUGCAGAGCAUGAUCGGUAUGAGAGAGGCUCUAGUGCUGGAAGAUAUGACAGAGACUCUAAUAGUAGACGAUAUGACAGAGACUCUAGUAGUAGGCGAUAUAACAGAGACAAUAGUGGAGAGUAUGAAAGUAAACGAAGCAGAUAUGAAGGAUAUAGGUUAACUCCUGGCAGAUCAGACUGGGAUGAUGGGAAAUGGGAGUGGGAGGAUACUCCACGUCAUGAUGGUAAUUAUAAUUCCAGCAAGCGCUAUCAGCCUUCACCAUCUCCAAUGUUUGUUGGAGCAUCCCCUGAUGCAAGAUUGGUUUCUCCUUGGCAAACACCACGUUCUGGUGCUUAUGCUUCCCCUUGGGAUCAGGUGUCCCCCUCACCUGUCCCUAUACGAGCUUCUGGAUCCUCUGUGCGAUCUUCUAAUUCUAGAUACGAGAGGAGUUCAUAUAAAGGUAGACAUUCGACUGGUGAUGCACAAAGAUCCGAGGAUAUGGAUGCUGAAGCUUCUGUGGCUAUAGAAUAUAAUCCUGAAAUCACAGAAGAUAUGCGCUUGCAAAUGGAGUACAAUUCAGAUCGUGCAUGGUAUGAUAGAGAGGAAGGCAGCAAUGUGUAUGAUGUUGAAAGCUCAUCUUUUUAUCUUGGUGAUGAUAACACAUACCAGAAGAAAGAAGUGGAAUUGGCAAAACGGCUGGUGAGAAGCGAUGGAAGUAUGAUGUCACGUGCUCAGAGCAAGAAGCAUUCGCAGCUUAGUGCUGACAAGCAACAAUGGGAAGACCGCCAACUGAUGAGAUCGGGUGCUGUUCGAGGUACUGAGGUUCAAACUGAAUUUGACAAUGAAGAGGAGCAAAAGGUUAUUCUGUUAGUUCAUGAUACUAAACCACCAUUCUUGGAUGGUAGAGUGGUUUAUACUAAGCAGGCAGAACCUGUAAUGCCUCUGAAAGAUCCAACAUCUGAUAUGGCUAUCAUAUCGCGUAAAGGAUCUGCUUUAGUACGUGAAAUCCGUGAAAAGCAAAGUAGUAACAAGUCACGUCAACGGUUUUGGGAACUUGCGGGUUCCAAACUUGGUGAUAUUCUUGGUGUUGAAAAGACAGCAGAACAGAUUGAUGCUGAUAAGGCUAAGGUUGGUGAAGAUGGGGAAAUUGAUUUCAAGGAUGAUGCAAAGUUUGCUCAGCAUUUGAAGAAGGAUGAAGCAGUUAGUGAUUUUGCAAAGACGAAAACCCUGGCUCAGCAGAGGCAGUAUCUUCCCAUAUAUUCUAUUAGGGACGAGCUGCUACAGGUUAUUCGUGAGAAUCAGGUUAUUGUGGUCGUUGGAGAGACUGGUUCUGGAAAAACAACUCAACUAACACAGUAUUUGCACGAAGAUGGUUACACUUCAUAUGGCAUUGUUGGAUGCACGCAACCAAGACGUGUUGCUGCUAUGAGUGUUGCGAAAAGAGUUAGUGAAGAGAUGGAAACUGAUUUGGGAGAUAAGGUCGGAUACGCUAUCCGCUUUGAGGAUGUUACUGGACCAAACACGAUAAUUAAGUACAUGACCGAUGGAGUACUUUUGCGUGAAACACUAAAAGAUGCCGAACUUGAGAAAUAUCGUGUCAUUGUGAUGGAUGAAGCACACGAAAGAUCACUCAGCACUGAUGUGUUGUUUGGGAUAUUGAAGAAGGUGGUCGCCCGACGUCGAGAUUUCAAACUGAUUGUGACUUCAGCUACUCUCAAUGCGCAGAAAUUUUCAGAUUUUUUUGGAAGGUAAUAUGUGAUUCUGUGUAG